CUGAAACAUUUAAACGACUUCAUUAAUUUUCAUCUCCAAAGAAUCCUUUACCACAGUUGGAAGAGAAAUCAUGACACUCGAUGCAAACACCAACUUCUCCCCGCAUUCCAGCCAUGUUCUCCACUACGAGCGGUCAAGUUGAGCCUUGUCACCAAACCAAUCACAGUUCAUCCCUCACGAUCUUCCAUCGGUCUACUUUCCCGAACCGAAAAAAUGGCUCCCCUGACCGUUGUUUCCAUGGAUUCUCAAUACCAGACUCCACCACCAUAGCGAAGUCGGAAGGCAAGUUAUCACAAAACGGAGAUAAACCGAUGAUUCUGUUCUCUCCGACAUUUGAUGAAUUAUGACUCAAACAGGCCAGCAAUCCAACAGAGCAGAUCUGACAGCCUAUUAUUGCUGGAUAACGUUAAACGAUACUCGGUAGUCUAGUUGCUUACUCUACGCUCUAGCUGCCUCUUGAAAUCUUCAACGUUACAGUACCACCCCAGUUACCACAAUCCUGGAAAGAAUGGAAAACGGAAGGCUGCUUCUCAAAGCUGUCUGAAAUACGUCAAGACCGUUUACAACAACUGAAGUAGCCGCAAUACUAUUCAUAUCUUGUCAAAGACCAUCUAGGCUCUAGCCAUACCCCAACCUUGUAUGAAGUACCGUACCGUACCUCGGUGCCAAAAGUGGAGAACCGAUGCCAACUCAGGAUGCACACUGCGGGGGAGACAAGGGCAUUGCAACGAUGACAGGCCCACUAUCUUAUAUCCUCCUCCACAAAAGCUUCGAAAAUGCUUACUCCCAGGUCAGAAAGUGGCGUCUGCUAGUCCGGCAACGGCAGACCGUUGUAACAUCAGAGAAGAAAAUGGAUUUGUAGCUCUGCCUUUCUUCAGCUACUUAAGAUGCUGUCGUGCCCUGAUGAGGGAUCCCUGGGAUUGGAUCAGACUUUUUCUAGUGCCUUUUUAAUGUUUAUCCUAAAUUUGAUCGCGGCGUUACUCAUCUUGCCUCUUUCGGUGUGGCCGCUUGUCUACUAAUCUUUGGGUGCCGUGGGCUGUAGAUAUUAAUAAACCAGAUCGUUUACGAAGAUAAAAAGAUUGAGGCACCAACUGUGUUAGCAGAGUAGCUCAAGCUGUUUGGUUACCAAAUCGAAGACGUCAAGAUGUUUGGAUUCAGGAAUAAGAGUGAGUUCCAGACCUAAUUUAUAGAAGAUAUCUACCCCUCUUUUCAACGUUAACGGCGUUACUAAUUCACACGUCAGAAGAACCCCAUGUACCAUCACCGUCAACAUCAGACAUCGAAAAAGAUUCAACAGGAAUCAAAAAUGAAGCCAACAAUUUCUACAAUCCCAAUCUCCCGGGAACUGGACAAUAUGGCACUGCUCAAUAUGAUGAACUCCACGCCGUCUGUCCUCCACAUACCACAGAAAGGGCCUUGAUGACAAAGAUUGACCUUCGUGUUAUACCUUUCCUUUGCAUUCUCUAUGUAUUCGCCUUCUUAGACCGUGUAAAUAUCGCCAAUGCCCGCUCCUUUUCUUUGGCAAAGGAUCUCGACCUUCAGAAUAACGAAUAUAAUACCGCCCUAACAAUCUUCUUCGUCCCUUAUAUCCUUUUCGAGAUCCCUUCCAACAUCCUGCUCAAAAAGUUCUCUCCCCGAGUUUGGUUAUCAGGAUGUAUGUUCAUGUUCGGCGUCGUAUGUAUAUGUCAAGGACUCGUAACUUCCUACGCAGGCCUGCUAGUUACCCGAUUCUUCCUAGGAGUCUUCGAGGCAGGCAUGUUUCCCGGAUGUUUCUAUUUGAUCGGGAUGUGGUAUAAACGAUCCGAAGCCCAACGACGCUAUAGUUUCUUCUUCAGUUCCACCACACUCGCAGGAGCAUUUGGUGGUCUCCUCGCCUCGGCAAUUGGCAAAAUGGACGGAAUAAGAAACUACCACGGCUGGCGCUGGAUUUUCAUCAUCGAGGGGAUUCUCACCGCCGUAGUCGCACUAAUAUUCUUCUUCUUCAUCCCCUCCUUUCCCGAAGACGCAACAUGGCUACAAGACUCCGAACGGGAGUACAUCAAAGCCCGGCUCCAAAUCGACCAAGGACGCUCCGCGGCGGAGCGCAAGAUCACAGUUCGGGAUGUAGGCCGGGUGUUCAAAGACUUCAAAGUCUUCCUCGGAGGACUAAUGUACUUCGGCCUCAUCAUCCCCGCGUACGGCUACGCAUUCUUCGCCCCCGCCAUCCUAUCAACCUACAAAUACUCCCCCAUCCAAACCCAACUCCACUCCGUGCCCCCCUGGGCCUGCGCCUUCGCCUUCGCCAUGCUCAUAGCCUUCUGCUCCGACUACGCCCAGCACCGCUUCCUCUUCACCAUCCUCCCCAUCCUCGUCUCCAUGGCCGGCUUCCUCAUCCUCCUCUUCGUGCACAGCAACCUGCCCCUCCAAUACGCGGGGCUCUUCUUAGUAGCCAUGGGCGCCUACUCGGCCAUGCCCGUCAUCAUCUGCUGGUUUAACAUGAAUCUCGGUGGCCACCAUCGGCGAGCCGUCGGGUCGGCGUGGCAGGUGGGCUUUGGGAAUGUGGGGGGCAUUAUUGCGACGUAUGCGUUUCUGGCGAAGGAUGCGCCGAGGUAUACGGCGGGUCUGGCGAUUUGUCUUGGGGGAUUGGGUGUUAGUGCUUUGGCUUGUUGUGCGUAUGCUGCUGCGGUUUCGUGGGAGAAUGGGAGGAGGGAGAGGGCGGGAGUGGAUGUGGGAUUGACGGAGUGGGAGAAGACGGAGUUGGGUGUAAGUGUUCUAUGUUCCUUUUCGCUCUCUUUCUGUUUUCUUCUUUUUUUUCUUUCUCGUUCUACUUCCUUUCUCCUUUUUAUAGCCCCCUCUCCAUUCCCUUCUAAGCGUCCCUUAAUAAUCCACUAACGAGAAAUAGGAUAUGAGUCCCGAUUACAGAUACCUCCUAUAACCCCCUCUAGAAGCCAUCCAACUUAAACAGAAAAACAGAAAAACAGAAGAGAAAAGAAGGAAAAGAAUAGAGAAAGGAGAAAGAUAAGGGAUAGAGCAUUGGAUUUUUAAUAAUAGAGAUACCUAUUAUAUAUAAUAUCCUCCGUCACACGGUGUUUUUACCUGGUUAGAUAUUAAUAAUAAUAAGAGAGUGUCACGAAUCACGUUCUCACGUGAUACUUGUCAUAAUAAAGAGGCGCAACCCUCGACAGGC